AUGCUGCGGGGCAGGGCUGCUGACGCUUACCUCAGCGCUUAUAACCAAGCCAUUGCCGUUAAGUGUCGCAGCCAAGCGCCCAUCGCUGGAAGUUCCCUGGAUCGCGCAGCUCUGAAAGGUCUUGCAGAAGCCACAGCCGGAAGUAAAGUGGAAGCCUUGGUAUGCUUCUGUUGCGGCGGGGUCCACCCCUAUGUCGAAGAAGUUGCAGCUAAGGGCAACAUCAACUGGCAUCGGCCGCUGCAACGGGACGAGUCUGAUGGCCAGCUCUACUUCCUUGAGCAACCUCUGCAGGUUAUCGAAUCCUUGCUAGGACUGCAGACUUACCUCAACCGAUACAACGCGGUGGAGCCAAGGCCGCAAGUCAAGCUCACAGAUCAUGAGACCUUUGAGGAUUGGCGAUUGAAGCUACCGGAACUGGAAGACGGCAUGUUGCUUUGCUGCCCCGACCAUCAUUGCUGCCAAGAGCAUUCUGCACAGCCGAAGGCCUUGUGCGAGAAGUGUUGGCUGCCAAUUUGCAAUGACUGCUUGGGGCAUCUGUCAGAAGGAAAGUUGCCGCCGCUCAGCUACGCCAAUGACAUGUGGACCGGCUAUGGCCUCGAAAGGAUCUACCAACAGCAGGUGAAGCGCUUGGUCAUGAGCUUUGUCUUCACCUAUUGCUUGCCACGCCAAACGCGCUUGGUUGAUGGGCUGGAAGAGAAUUCGGACAACGAGGACGUGGAGGAUGACCUGGUGGACUUCACGCUGGGCGGGGACGACUUGCUCCAAGCCACUUUGACCCAUGUGAGAGGUAGCGGCCGCCGAGAGCAAGCCACGGAGAUCAACAGCUGCAGUGAUGUCGAUGUCGAUGGUGGUGAGGGAGCUUUAGCAGAACAAGCCGACCCAACGAGGCUCUAUGACAUGACCAUGGAGCUCUUUGGGCUGUCUGACGCCAUUUGGCAGAGAGAAGGCAAGACCAGUGACCCAGAAGCAAACAGGCGGUACGAGCAGCUGCUGAAGCAGGUGGCAGCCGGCGACCCCUUCGACCACGACACUGCAAAAGCAGCGGCGAGGGCAUCGAGCAAGGCAGGCGAGAACGCGAGCCAAACUGGGAAGAGCGGGCUCAUCGGCCGAGUUGACGCUGAAGUGGAGGCAGGGCGGCGCGGUGGUGCUUCAUAG